GACAAAAAUGUGAUUGACCCCUUCAAAUAUCGAUAUUCUGACACAUAUUUCCGAAAAUAGAGCAACAGAAUGGCAAGUAGACGAGAGCAGCAAGAACGGGAUGAAAUGUUGCAGAACAGGAUUAUAUACUCUUUGCCUACACGAAUGGGAAACUGGAAUGAACAGCUUGCGUUACGCGAAUACGAAACAGCUAUGGCCAAAUACAAAAUGCAGCACUGUCGGUUGGUUGUUCAGAAUGUGAAAAAAGUAUUCCAUAGCGUUCUAAAACCGACGUCGUUAGCAGUAGAAGCACCGUCUGUCCAAUUCGGACUGAACUAUCAAUUGAAAGCUCUCGCAUCACCAUCUAAAGAUACAACAAGCCUAUACCUAUCAUGCCUGCUGAAUGAAACAGAUAAUGAUGUUAUCCAGCACUUUCAACAAGGAUGCUGCUUUUCUGCAUCUCCGCUCAGAAUACCUUGCGUGAGGAAUACAUUCAGGUUACGCAGUCCUAUACAUGAUGAAGUCGAUCAGCGGGUGCGCUAUGGACAAGACCUGUUGAUAGAAAUUUAUGAAAGUGGUGACGGGGAGCCCCUAUUUCUUCGCUCUGAAAAUCUCUCCACUGACACUUUUGGGGAGCAUCGGGCAAUAAGAAUGUCCAAGUUUCCUGACAUUUAUUGCAGGUUUUUCUCUAUGUCAACUAAGAAGUAGCUGUUGUUCACUUGAUGCGCACUCGUUCUGUAGCUGUACCUAUGUGUUUCCUAUGUGAUGUAACAUCUGCAUCAGAGAUGGCAUUAUUGGAGGUGUUCAAAUUUCUCCACUGGGAUCCGAAAAAGCGUCACGAAACAAUAGACACUACAGUGAAGCCAGACACCACAGUGAUCAUUCAACACGUAGCUUCAGGUCAAAACUUGGCAGUUGAGCCCCAUUCUCUGAUUCCAAAAUUCUUCGGAACUGAAUGUUUGGUCACCUGCUGCACCUACAGAGAUAGUCACAAGAUGGAGACUGCUGAGAAUUUUUGGAGUGUGGUCAGUAGACCUAUAUCGGAUACGGCUUUAUACGUGAGAGCUGCUAAAGGGGAGGAUAUUAAUGUAGAACAAUUUGAUGAUUAAAAUCACUCAUGAAAAGCUU